AUGAGCUCUGAGAGCGAACAAGAGUCAGAAAAGCUCAGAUCGGAGCCCAGCCCCUCUGGCACGGAGAGUUUCCACUCUCAAUAUGUAGUUUUAAAUACCAUCGGUCAGGGGGGGUACGCCAAAGUCAAGCUGGCGAGGCACCGCCUCACAGGCAAGCUCGUGGCUGUCAAAAUAAUCCGCAAGAGGGAGCACUGGUGCCAUCCGGUCACCUCUGAGGUUGAUAUAUUGAAAAUGACCAACCAUCCCAAUAUCAUCUCUCUGUUUCAAGUCAUUGAGACUAAGAAGAGAAUAUACCUCAUCAUGGAGUUGGCUACAGGUAAACUACUUUAUGAACACAUCCAAGAAGCUGGUUACCUGCAGGAGGAUGAGGCACGGAGAAUAUUUAAACAAAUAUUAAGUGCUAUGAGCUACUGCCAUGACCAGGGGAUCAUUCACAGAGAUUUAAAAGCAGAUAAUAUUAUGAUAGACAAUAAUGGAAAAAUAAAAAUUCUUGAUUUUGGGCUUGGCACCCAAGUGAAGUCUGGGCAAAAGCUGAGCUUUCACUGCGGGACCUAUCUAUUUAGUGCUCCCGAGGUACUCCUCGGGAGACGAUAUGAUGGCCCCAAAAUCGACGUAUGGACUCUGGGGGUUGUGUUAUUUUAUAUGACAACAGGAAGGCUCCCGUUUGAUGAUGCCAGCACACCGCAGUUGCGAAAAAAGAUUGUGUUAGGAAAGUAUUCUAUCCCCCGUUGCCUGUCAAUAGAGCUCCAACACAUAAUUAGUUACCUACUGACAACGAAUCCAAUACACAGGCCCACCAUCACUGAAGUAAUGAUGCAUCCUUGGCUCAAAAAGGACUCAGAGGGGUUCCCAGAUCCUUGUGAGAAACAGAUCCCCCUCAGGCCAGACCCAGCCAUUGUAAAAGCCAUGGAACACCUUGGAUUUCAAGCAGAAGACAUUAAAGACUCACUAUGCCAUAAAAAAUACAAUCAGGCCAUGGCUUCAUAUUGUUUUUUCAAAGAGCAGGCUCUUCAGGAGUGUGACAGCCCUACCAGGGGUCCAUCCAUGAGUCCAUCGAAAACACCAUACCCUUCUUUUGAUUAUCCUGCUACUUUCCACCAGGAACUAAGGAGAAGAAGCGAGCCCAUUUUGUUUUCUUCCUCUUCCAACAGUCAAAUGUCUCCCCGUGGCCAGAAGGCUAAGCAGAGAGAAAACAGAAGAGUCAGUUGGCCUGGUGUUCUUCCCUGCAGGUCACUCCAGACUACACCAACAAUGGGCCAAGCCCACAUACGUUUUAGGAGUGUCCCCUUUGGGUACUCAAUGUGUUUCAGAGAGAGCAGCAGCACCAGUGCCUCAGCAGAGCACAAGCCCGUCCCCAGCAGGGGCCAGCGCACAGGAUUCAAGGGAUGGGUCAAGAAGAUAGGAAAUACCCUAAGGAAGCUUUGUUGUUGUAUACCAGCAAGAAACGAACGUCUCCUUGGGGAGAAAAGAGUCUCCCCACAGACAUAA